AUGACAAAUUACCAGAAAAAGCUUAAAGAUCCGAGCACCUUGCGGAUCUUCUUCUCGUCUCCGUUUGGAGGGAUGGAGGAGGAGAGAGAAGAGCUAACACGACGCUACUUCCCCCACAUUAACCAUAUUUGUAACUCCCGAGGUGUCCAGUUCGUGGCUGUCGACAUGAGAUGGGGUAUCACAUCGGAGGCUUCGGCCAGCGCACAGGUCAUCAAUAUAUGUCUCAAGGAGCUCGACAGAUCGGACAUGUUCAUCGGGUUCUUUGGACAGAGGUAUGGAUGGCAUGGAUCUGAUGACAGUGCCCUCCAGGAAAACUUUGACAAUGCAGCUAAUACUUAUCCAUGGGUGUCCUCUGUCCGUGACAAAAGCGUGACUGAGUUGGAGUUUCUACACGGACACCUCAACAAUCCAGGGGCCCUGCCAGCAUACAUCUGUUUUAGAGACGAGGCUUAUGAUGCUAAAAUCUGUGAGGAGGCAAAGAAGAAAGGAGACAAGAAGAUGGUGUUUAAAUACUCUCCAGAGAGUGACCAAUCUGUUGCGAUGUUAGAUGACCUGAAACGCAGGUGUAUGGAUACAGAAAGUUUGACCUUGGGUGUCAACUUGUGUUACAAAAAUCCCAAAGAGGGUGCAGAGCUCAUGUUUAAUGCCAUUCACAAACACCUGACGAAGUAUCUGAUGAUCAGCAGUGUACAUGUGGUACAGGAAGAUCGACGCAUGCUGGCAAAGUCCCUCCACAGUGCCUUCCUUGCUAACAAGGUCAAGCUGUAUGAGGGCGGGGACCAUUAUAUCACACAGCUUACCCAAAAUGUUGAUGCAGAAGAUCCUGUUCCCUACCUGAUCACUGGACCUGCUGGCUGUGGUAAAUCAGCCCUGAUAUGUAACUGGAUCCAUAGAUUGAUGAAGAAUCCUGCCUACAGCCAUUGUUGUGUUGUACACCACUUUGUAGGAUGUGCCAGGGACAGUGGGAGGAUUCAGAAUAUCUUAACAAGGGUAACAGAAGAGUUGGAAGAAAAAUAUAACGAGCUGAAAGGAAUUGAGGGUAACAGCCAAGUUGAGUCACAGAAAGCAGAUUAUGAUGAAGUGCGGGAGCUGAUGAGGAAAUUGUCUGUUGUCCUGGAAAAGCUAACAUCACUUGGUAAACAACCGGUGGUAGUCAUUGAUGGUCUGGGCAAUGUGAAGAAGUCUUCCAAAGCUGAAAAGACGGUAUAUUGGUUGCCAGAAUUUCCAAAGCAAUCUGUACUAGUAGUUUCCACCAGAAAGACAGAUGAAGAUAUCGUCAAGGAAUUGGAAAGUCGCAACUUUAGUGUGAUAGACUUACCUCCCCAAAAUCUGGAAAAUCGGCGUUUAAUCUGUGUGAAAACACUACAGAAAGCUGGAAAGCAGCUGUCUCCAGCCCAGAUUGACAAAGUUGUACAUGCUAAUCAGACAGAGAUUGCCCUGUUUUUGACAAUUGCUCUUAAUGAGCUAGUGUCAUUUGGUUACUUCCGUCUCUUGGACAAGAAGAUAGAUUCCCUUAUUUCAUGCCAAAGUGUCCACGAUUUAUUUGGGAAUGUCCUACAGAGGCUGGAGGAAGACUACAAUGUGUCGGAACAUGAGGGAAACCUUGUGGAGCAGAAAAUGAUUAAAAGUAAAAAAGCUGUCAAAAUUUCAAAACCAGCAUCUAAUAUUAAAGUUGAUGUGUAUAAGUUUUUAUCUACAUACUAA